AUGUCCACAGCACACAGACCGACAUGGGACCCUGCCCAGGCUCGCGACAUCAAGGGAGGGUCCCGGCAAUUCUCCGCACGAGAUAUGGCCAUGCAUACCAAGCUCAAAUUCCGACAGGUCGGUCAAACCUCAGUGGCGGAGGUGAAACAACGGGACUUGAGGGCGGAGCUGGCGGCAGCAGAGCUUGAGGCGAAGAACAAGAAGCGCAAAGCAGAGGGCUUGCCACCGUUGGCUUUAGAGGGCUCUUCAACCGCACCACCCGCUGACGACGAGUCCAACAAGCGAAGAAAGCUCCUAGAGGAAUCUCUCGCACUGGAUAAAGAUGAUUCAGAUGAUGAGAACGAGAAGGGGAACGAGAUGAAAGAUGCGGAUGCUAGCGGCUCCGACUCUGAUUCUGAUGAGGACGACGACGAAGAUGAAACCGCGGAACUCUUGCGGGAGCUUGAAAAGAUCAAACGGGAACGAGCUGAAGAGAAAGCGCGAUUAGACCAAGAGCAGUCGGCCGCGGACGCGGCUACACGAGAAGCAGAGAUUGCUACGAGUAAUCCAUUGCUCAAUCUUGCUGCCGCGCUUGGUCAAAACCCCACGGGUAUCAAUACGACAGCUCCAGGCUCGUUUGCUGUCAAAAAGCGUUGGGACGACGACUUGAUCUUCAAAAACCAAAGCGUGAACCAAAAAGAGCGACCUACGCAUUUCGUCAACGACUUGCUGAGGACGGAGUUUCACAAGAAAUUCAUGGCCAAGUUCAUCAAGUAG